CUCCCUCCGCCGCCCUUCCCGCCGCACAGCAGCCUGUUGCUGUUGCGACUCUCUGCCCUGCCGAGCGUCGCUGCCUCCUCCAGCCACCCAAAGCAGUCGCCAAUCAGUUGGAAUCUCGAUCUCGAUCAACUCAAAAACUUUUCGAUUUGUUCAAAAAUAUUAAUUGGCCCGACGACAGCAAUGAGACGCUACCGUAUGGCCGAGAGCUUCACGGCGAAGAUGUCUUCAUCCGCAGCUAAUGGAACCAACACCCCACCUCAAUUAUGCAGUGAGAGUGAGAGAAUAUUGAAGAAUCUUCCGUUAGUCAAGCCAUUCAAAGUUUCUGAGGAGACCACUGUAUUGGAUGUCUGUAAAAUGAUGGCAGCCAUAUGUGUAGAUGUUGUUCUUGUGGCUAAUACUGAUGAUUGGAUUUCAGGAAUUGUUACUGAGAAGGACAUAGCGACUAAGGUUAUAGCAGAGGGGUUGAGACCGGAUCAAACAUUGAUUUCAAAAGUUAUGACAAGAAAUCUAAUUUAUGCAGGCUCAGAUGCUUCGGCUAUGGAAGCUUUACAACUAAUGGCCAUAGGGAAUUUUAGGCAUCUUCCAGUUGUUGAGAACAAUGCAAUCAUAGGACUGUUAGAUAUCACUAAUUGUCUUUAUGAUGCCAUAUCAAUAAUGGGGAAAGUUGCCAAGCAGGGAAGUGUUAUUGUAGCAUCAGUUGAAGGUGUUGAAUAUCGAUAUGGAAGCAACUUACUUGAAUUAUCAAAUUUCAUGGGCAUGUUUCGUGAAAACAUGUUCAAAUCUUCUCUGUCUACUAUCAUUUUGGAGGGUUCUAGGGUUGCAAUUGUAUCUCCCUCGGACACGGUUUAUGUUGCUGCCAAAAUAAUGCGGGAUUCAUGUGUCAGUUAUGUUCUUAUUAUGACAGGAAACAACAUUCACGGGAUACUCACUUCAAAAGAUAUUCUUAUACGAGUUGUGGCCCAGGACCUCUCUCCUGAGGUGACUCUAGUAGUGAAGGUAAUGACACCCGACCCUAAAUGCACAACACUAGAUACAACUAUUUUUGAAGCACUGAACAUAAUGCAUGAUGGAAAAUUAUUAUAUCUUCCUGUUGUUGACAAAGAUGGAAAUGUUGCAGCUUGUUUUGAUGUUUUGUGGAUAAGUUAUGGAGCAAUUUUUAAGCUUGGAAGUAUCUUUGCUGCAUCUACUGAUGCUUUGUUUACGGUGAUGCGAAAGAUUUUGGAUUCAGAACUUAUCUUGAAGCCUGCUUAUUACAGUGACACUGAAAGUGAGAUAAAUAUGUCCCCAUAUGUCCCAUCAUAUGGUACACACCAUUUGAAACCUUCUUACCUAGUUGAAAAUUCAUUUUCUUUUAAACUCAAGGACCAUAAAGGACGUCUGCACAGAUUUAAUUCUGGUACAAAUAAUUUAGCUAAACUUGUUUAUGCUGUUAUGCAACGGGUGGGUGUGUAUAUUGAUCAAAAGCGCUUUCGACUUUUGUAUGAAGAUGAUGAAGGUGAAAAAGUUCUACUGACAAUGGAUGAAGAUUUGGUUGCUGCUGUUGUCCAUGCAAAAUCUGUGGGACAGAAAGUCUUGAAGAUGGAUUUGGAGUACUAUGAUUCUAGUCAAGAAAAAGAGGAGAUAACUACAAAAAAUCACAUUUGUAGUUUUCUAUUUGGAGUGCUACUUUUCGCUGUGUUCUUCUACAUACCUAUGAAGACUUUGGUAGAAAGGUAUUCAUGAUAACGUUGUUGUUGAUUAAGCUAUCUUUGAACACACUUUAUUUUUGGAUUAAAAUUAAAUAAUGUACUUGAUACUCUA